GUACAGUCCGUGUCGUACACGGAUGAAGAGUGAAGUCUCUCAGAGGCGGGUAUCAUUUGAUUUCAGUAGAGUCGUAAGAAUCGAUUAAUAAAGUCCAUCAUUUACUUUAGCGUUUUUGAGACGGAAUAAGCCGAUUAAUGAAAAUGAGGUGUGCGAGCGUCCCGCCGAGAGACUGAAAACUUGGAGCGUUUGGUUUGAGUUAGCCGCAUUAGCUGCGCGGCUAGUUAUAAUUAGAAUCAGAGUGAAGUUGAAGCACUGAUCUGAAGCUAGGUUUAGUCGGACGUUCAUCAUGCAGAAGAACUCCAGCCGAAGCGCCACCUACACGGUGGCCUGUGAAGACUACGUUCAUGCCGUGGAAUUCAGUCCCUUCAGCUCCGGCAUUCCCGCCUCUUUGCUGGCUUAUGGUGGAAACCAGUAUGUGGUUGUGGGAACUUGCCUCUUCCAGGAGGAGGAUCAGGAGGUUGAAGGAGUAGAAUUCACUGUUCUUCGUGCUUUCCAUCAUGAGUUGCGUGUUGAUGGUCUUGCCUGGAGCCCAGAGUCUCACCUGGACAGGAUACCCACCAUCAGAUUUUGCACCGCUGCUUCUGACAGAAAGCUGCGUCUGUUGACAUCAGAUCUUCAGGAUAGACAUGAAGUCAAGGUGAUGGAGGGCCACACCAGCUACAUUAACCAUUUGGUGUUCGAGCCCUCGGAGGGAAAACAAAUUGCUUCCGUCAGUGACGACCACACUUGCAGGAUCUGGGACCUGGAUGGGAAUAACAAUGCCAUCUUUAGACUUUGCUCCGCUGGCGUCAGUGUGUGCUGGCACCCCGAGGAAGUCUUUAAGUUACUGGUAGCAGAGAAGAAGGGGACAAUCCGCUUCUAUGACUUGGUUACCCAGCAGGCCAUUCUGUCGCUGGACUGCAGCCAAUCACCACUCAUGUCAUCCGACUGGUGCCUCACCAAUACUAUCAGAGUCGGCGCUGUGGCAGGAAAUGACUGGCUCAUUUGGGACAUCACUCGCUCCAGUUACCCACAAGAAAAAAGGCCAGCUCACAUCGAUAAAGCAUGUGUAUUCAAGUGGUCACGAGUCAAUGAAAACCUUUUUGCCACUACUGGUUUUCCCGGGAAGCUCAGCAGUCACUUACUCAUCCAUCACCUUGGACACCCGCAGCCGGUGAUGAUUGGAUCAGCCACAGUUGGGUCGGGUCUGAGCUGGCACCGGACACUUCCACUCUGUGUGAUUGGCGGUGACAGGAAACUUUAUUUUUGGAUGACUGAAAUGUAGCAAGUUCCUCUGGUUCAAAUCGCUUUAAUAAAAUAUUUUUCUGAGUAUUUAA